CCCAAGUGUCAGUAUACACAAUGUGGUGCAGGCAAGAUGACUGAGGGCUGCUGCCCUCUAUGUGUGUCAAAAAAGGGGAUAUCAAGUCUUCUUCCUACCCCUGCCUGGAAGUCUGGCCGCAAUCAGCCCUUGGCCAAGACCAACUCUCCCCAAGAACGGAGUUCCCUCGAGAGGCACAGCAAGGAAGAUCAUGGGACUGGGGAGAAUCCAUUCAGAAGAACCCAGCUGGUAGGGCAAACCAACGGGCAGGAAGGUGCUGCAUAUGGUCCUGAUGUAAACCUCUCAAGUGCAACAUCUAACGGUUACAACUUACCUUACAAUUAUAGAAGAGUGACGUCCAUCACGAGAACACCUUGCUAUGUUAUUGAAGAAGAAUCCACCAUGUCAAAGCCAUUGUCGCCUACAAAAGGAUCAGGAAUAUUUCGCUCACCGACCACUUCAAUCAAAAACUUCUUUGGGAAGUUAGCGCAUAAAUCUGAAGAUGAAGGUAAUAAUAAUAAUAAAGUGCAAAAGCAUGCAUCAAUGGAAAUCAUCCCAAUAGACAGUGUUGAACAGGUUUCUACGAAGUUAGGACAGAGUGUGGAGAAUGUAGCAGCUGUUACAAACGGGGACAGUAAAGAUACUCCACGUUCUCGGAGAAGAGCAGUAGUGGAGGGGGCGUUACCGAUUGCAAAAUCCAGAUUGCAUGGUAAAAACACAAGUUAUGCCCCUCCACUAGCACAUGCCUACCAGAAGAAAAAGGAGUUCAAUGCAGGCGAUGCUAAUCUGUCCAAAUGCCUGGAUGUUAUUCGUGCAGACGUGAAAUCGUACACAAGUCUCCAAAGUCGACAUCCAAUAGAAAUAAAGCGCAAGUUUGAGCAGGCCCGUCAGGAGAGUGGAGAGAGUGGAGACUGGGACUGGAGACAGGGACGGCCACAUUCUCGCUCACGCUCACGCUCGCCUGGGUCCACACGGUCAGUUUCUCCAGUUACGGAAGGUGGCUACGACACAGCAAGUAGUUCUGAGGCACAUCUGAAUCGAGCAGUACAUGGGAGAUACCUCGGUAAUAUGUUAGCACCUCCCAGGCAAAGGCUUUCUGUAAGUCCUGAAAGGGAGAGGAUACAGUCCACUAGUCCCUCGACUGAUGGAAGACUGUCUGCCAUGUCAUCAGGUGGACUGUGUUCCCCGAGCCCCCAGGCCAGUCCACGCAGCUCCAGACACUCCCACAGUCCCAUUCCUGAGGAUGUUCGCAGCAAGUCUUCAAGUUUAGAAAGACCAAAAGUAAGUGUCCAACCACCAACACCACUGGUCAAAAGGAGAUCAAGAGAAGCACUCCGAGGGGGACCUCGUGUCAAGUCAUUGGAAAUGUCUGUUGAAGACUAUAACAACUUGUCAUCCAGGUAUUUCAUAGAAAAGGAGCAGGAAAGAUCGAAGGAAAGAACUGAAUCCAUUUCUCCCUCCAGACAUCCCAUAGAAAUCAAACGAAAGUUGGACAUGGCAAGGGAACGGUCAUUGUCUCAAGAGUCGUCUGAUUCAACGACAGGUAGACUUAGCAGCGAGGCCCAAUCCACGGACAAGUUUCAAACAUCAUCUACAGCAGAGAAGAGAGGGACGUUAUACAGUCCAACACAGCCUACUACUCGUCUUUCACCAACCAAGCAGGGAAUUGCUAGCUCAGAGGCCCAUCCUACUCAUGAAGAUCAAAGACAUUUUGAUAAAUAUGAUGCAAAGUCAAAAGGUAGUGAUGGAAAAUUUGGAUACGUUGAGGACAGAAAUUUGAAUGGAGAGAAGGAUCUUGCCAAUAACGGAGAGAGAGUGUUUUGUAUGGUGAAAAUUGCACCACCUGGCAGUCCUACAGGUAAGCCAGAAAGAUCUGAUUCUGAAAGUCCGUUAAAACCAGAAACCAUUGGUGAUGGCUUAGAGAAUGGUUUCAAAACGACACAUACAUCCCCGUCUGGCUCAACGCUGUCAAACAAAUCACAAACUGGGAAACAAAGGGUUGCAGGGGCAUCUCCAAAUAAACUUCAUGUAAAACCUCACAGUCCAGAUACUGCAGAUUCAUCUCAUUCACCCAGCAACCCAUUCUAAGUCCUGUUAGUUGCCUUACAAGUGCCACAAGCCCCAGCAGGUGCUAGUGACCUCCCCCACAGUCCUCCAGGUCAGGGAGCUUUCUACGUCGUCAGGACUACAGAACAACCAGAACCAGUCAAGCUCCGAGCUCAGGUCAGAGACAUCGGCAGCUUUUUUGCCGAUCCAGUGGUUAAGAAGGAGAGGCCUAAAAGUGUGCCAGAUUCCAAGGGAUUUGGUUGGGUGGAAGAGCAACACUACUUCGACAUGUCUGGUAGGUACGUCAAGGAGAUCCGUAAAGUGGAGUACUCCCCCAAAGGGUCUCAGAAACUCGGUGACAGUGGUUACAUCUCGCCUUCCAAAACACCUCCUUCCUGCCAAACCCCUCCAACAGAGGCCACAUCUGGAGAAGGUAACCCUGGGCCUUCACGUAGCAGAAGGAUGAGAAGAAGUCUGUCAGCUGGGGAGUUCUCUACACCUGUCACCACUGGCAGUGAGAGUGACGGUGCUAAUGCACCUGUUUACACCAGGGGGAUGUCAUCAACAGACAAGCAGGCCAAGGAGAGUCCUGAUUUACUGGCCUCUGUGAAACCUGGCUUGAGUAGACGUAGUCCAGCUCUGCGUAAAAAGAUGCUGCUCCAGAAAAGCCCAUCCUUGGAUGCUACCGAUCAGAAGCAGAAGAUAACCAAGUCACGUGUCAAAAGUCCAGCAGAGCAUGCACCCAUUCAAGCAGCGUACGCUCCUGUACAGGCAGAAUAUAAGCCAGUACAUGGUGAAUAUGCACCUGUCGUGGGGAAAAUGGAGCCAACAAAGGAGGAGGUAGAGGAAAAGGUCGCCGAUCAGCCAAUUAGAAAAGAAACCAGGACUCCAAGAAAGUAUGUGGAAAGUGGGAGGCCACAACGACGAAUGACAAUGCCUGAUGCAUCAACGAUGAAAGCUGCAGCUGUUCGGAAUAACAUGCCUCUCGGUUCAGCUGUGAACCGGGUGGAACAGAUGUAUGCUAAACUAGAGCAGGACACCAUCGACUAUCUCUGCAAAUCAGAAGCUGAAAAAAGUGGUGAGGUGAAGGACACCUCAAAACGACGCCAAAGGUUAGCGAAAAGUUUCUCUGUAGAUGACUCUCGUAGUAACACAGGUGUUACGGCUAGCAAGCCCCCGUUACCAAAAGCACCAUCACCUAAAGGAUGGACAGAUUCACCCAUCUACAAUAAGCCCAGCAGUGAUGAGGACAUCAAGUCUCGAGCAGCUAGAAUUUUGGGAGUAGAUGUUAAAGAUUUGCCUCCUAAUUUGGCAGGAGUAUCUGGUAAGAAGGCACAGAGGAGAAAAGACAGGCAAGGAAAACCGACUCAAAGUGAAACACACAAGGAAGACAUUCCACCUCAACCUCAACAGUCAUCUCCUAGAACUGCUUCAGCUGUGGCAUCAGGCAGGCCUGCCUCUGUCCUAGUGACAGUUGCAUCACCAGAAGAUGAGUCAAACCUGUCAGAUUACGAAGGUCGAACCAUCAUUCGUCAAAGGUCAAAAACAGACAGUACACCCUACGAGUCCUCAUCAGAAGAUAGGAAGAAAUUUCAGAAAAAUAGAAAGAAGUCGUUACCAGUGUACACGGAAAAAGUAGCAUCUGAGCUGAAGCCUCCCUCAGGUACGAGAUCACCGAAGGGUUCACGAUCACCCAAACAGCAGCGCUCACCAACACUACGGCGCAAGAGCUCAUCUCUGCUGGCACUGAAGGCAGAGCAGAAAGACAGCAGUGAGUCAUCUAGUGAAGAGGUAGACUUAAAGAAACAUCCGAUUGUUAGCCCGAGGCUUCGAAGAAGAGUGAAAAGGCCAAAGAGGACUGGACAGGAUGGUGCACUUCGAGGCGGCAUACACUGGGUGUACAACCCGUCAUACAGGGAGUCUCCCCCGGACUCCAACGUGCUGACUGUGCCAUCAUGGGAGGACGUGAUCGCUGAACGGUUGUUGGCUGGCUGUGACCAGGAGAGUGGUCAGGAUGUGUCACGGUGGAGGGGUGUCUCAGAGGAAGAUACACCAGAUGUAUCCAAGGGACAGCCGACCAAGAAGAAGCAGAGUUUGUCAUCAGAAGAGAGGGUGAGGUCUCCUGUACAUGUCCGGGGGAGAUCUACCAGGUACAGUACCCAGCCUGUGACCCUGGCAGAGAGGCCAGCUGUGGUGCCACAGAGACUGUCCAUCCGUGGUGAGGAUGAAGUCAUCACUGGCAGUUCAGGUACCCGCCUGCGAGAGUUGUUCAAUUAUUCCACCUAUAAGAAAACAAACUUACAACCUCUCCCAAAUACCUCAAGCGGUGAGGAUGUCACCGAACAAGACAGUAAAGAAGGGACAAGACAACCCACACAAAAACUUGUCUUCCGCAAGACAGGAAGGGCCUGGGGCUCCUUACGCGUUAAAGGAACGCCAAAAAUCGAGUUAGAAGAGGACUCAUCUCCGCUCACUCGCAGCUAUUCUUUCAGGGGGAAGGAUCUGAAGGAUGAGGGACUGGAAGACAUACGCGGCAUCGUGUCCAGAAUUCGCCAGUUAUUUGGUGAUUCCAAAGAUGAGACAGAACAGCCAGCACUAGUCAAACCAGGAGGGUCACCUGAGCGCCGACCCCUCUCUAGCCCAGAGGUACCAGGGGGGCCAGCAUCCCCCCUAAUCCACACCCCCUCCACGGCUAAGCCGACUCCCCCCACCGUCACCUCCAGACCGGCCACUUCUGACCUCGAGUCGUACCAACCAAACAACAGAAUGAGAGAAGAAAAGGAAAACGAUGUAGAGCGGGCUGAGAGGAUAGCCAAGUACAAAGCACAAAGGAGAAGGGAGUUGGCCCAGAAAUAUGACUUCCUCAACAAAGGUGUAGCAGUGGACGCCCAGGCACAUCGAGCCAGAUUUGGAAAGAACAGGAACUUCACCAUCGGGUCUUCACCUGAGAGUGUGCUCAGUAUUGCUGCAGCCCGCUCAGAGGUGGAGAGUCGAGUAGGACAGCAUCCUGUUGGACUGAGUCCACGUCUGGUCAGGAGAGGUUCUCAUGACAGUGCUAUCCUGGCUGAAAGUGUGGCAAAGUUCAGUGAUGAUCAUCAUUCCGGCAGGACACAGACUGACCUGUCUGUCGACACCCCUCAUCCAACACCCUCACCUAGAGCUCUCAGAAGGUACAGGAGAAGUGAGACAUUACCUAUGGAGAGAACAGACAUCAUGACUAUGUUGUCCCCAGACAGUGAGGAGCCACCAAAACCAACAUCACAACAGACUAGUGUGGAUGCACAGAAGGACACAAGACUGGAGUCAGAGGUAGAUCCCCAGACUGUAGUACCUGUACAGGAGGGGACUAGUGAGGACCAGACUGAAGACCAGAGUCAGGCAGAGUCCCAGCCCAGGAGGGUUCAUGCAGGGGAUUUUUGUGAUAUGGAAGUGGCGGAGCGUAGAAGGCGUGACCGAGAGCGCAGAGAGCAGCGACGAAGGCGGAAGGAAGAGAAGAGAAAGUCUAAACUCAACAUGCCAGGAGAGGAAGAAGAGUUUGCCGACUUCUCCCAGAUCUCAGCAGUGCCUGAAGAUGUGUACACUGACGGACAGCUGUCUGCAGUACCACAGGAGCUGUCAGGGGGCGACAGGGAGGCCUCCCCCAGCAGGCUGUACGUGGACACUGCCGUGGUGGAGCCCAGAGACCGCAUGAGCUCACAGAGCGAACAAGACACUUCUGACUCGGACAAGAAGCAGACACAGAAAUAUAUCCAGCUCACCAAGCAGCCUUCUCAACAAGAACAGAGAGUCCAGCCCAGAAGUACACAGAAACAAGCCCCGGACGUCUGUAAAGAGACUCAGGAUAAACCAGGGUUAAUACUAACGGAGCUAAACAUGAGGAAAGGUCAAGUCAAGGUCAAAGACGUGGACAAGUUAUCAGGUGUUCCCCGAGUGUCACGGCUUCGAACUCUGUCCCCGAGGAAGGAUGAUGUGGCAGUAGACUCCACAACAGAGUCUGAACAUGAAGGAGGACACAUGUCAGACACUCACGCCAGCAGGGUAAAGAAGCUAUCAGAUGACCCCAGACCGUCCAAGGCAGAAGCUCUGUUGAGGAGUAAAAGGCCCCUUCUACCUUCUAAAGUCAAGCGGCAGCUGGGAGGGGAAGAGAAGCGGCUAGCCUUGCAUUUGAAAGGUUCGGAUUCUUCCCGAUCGGACACCUCGGACGUAGAGGGAAAGCAUAGCAGCUUCCUGACAUAUAUGAAAGCCGGGGCGGAAGAAAUCAACGGUGAUGCAGACGAAACAACUCCCACUCCUGUGACAGAGCUUAGGGUGGAGGAAGAGGCAAGCACGGCAUCAGUAGAUGAGGUAGAGACAAACGUCCAGGGGACACGCAGUACAGAAAAACUGGUGGAGCUGAAGGUAGUAGAGGAGCCGGCGGCAGCUAUCACACCUAUAGAUGUCAGCACCUUAGACGAAAAACUGGCUAGACUGAAACAAAGACUGGAGCAAAGAACCAAGCUACAGGUGGAAGAAGUGAAACUUGCGAAGCCGGAGGGUCUGGGGAUUAAAAUUGAAGCUAAAGUUAGUGAGAAAUAUCGUAAUGUGGAGAAGAGGACAGAUGCAGUGGAGGACAGUGGCAGGAAGAAGAUGGACAGUAUAGUGUCGUCAAAAGCUGGACCGUCGUAUGAGAAACCAGAAGGAAGUGAGGAGGGGGCAGUGACAGGGGAAGAAGACACCACAACACAGCCAAGUGCACAAAUCACAGCAGAAGAACUCGCAGCAAUCAGAGAAGUGGAUUUAGCCAUACAAGAAGAAGAACAGUAUCCAGAAGAGCCAGAACCCAUAGAAGAAACCAAACCAGUAGUAAAGGAACCAGCUAGUACCAGGAAAGAAGUCGUACAUACAGUAAAAGUUGUUCCUCAGCCUGCCACUGUUUUGAAGGAAACGGAACAAGCACAAGAAAUCCUGCAGGAAGCCAGAGAGAUGGGGAAAGAACAAGAACUAAAGGUAGAAGAGGAAGAAGAGAAACAGUCCACUGUGGUGAAAGAGGCUGAACAGUCCGUCCUCUCUUCUAGUGUCCAACCUGAGUUUGACUCGACUCCUCAACCCACAAAGUUCCAUGGAAAGCCACCCUUGUCGCUAGAACUGGACUUAGAGUCCGAGCCCACUUCUGAGUUACCCAAGCAGCCCCCCACCCCCACACCUGGCUCCCCACGCUUCUCAGUCAUCGAGUCUCUGAGGGAAAGUGCUCGCAAACUGGACGACAAGAUCAAGAGUCUGAAGGAGGGAACCAAGAAACUGGAGGAGAAGAUCGGGAACAAGAGACAGGAUAAGAUCCAGAAGCUGGGGGAGAAGGUCUCCAAGUUUGAGGCCAUCGCUAAGGGAGGACCUCCCGCGGGCAAGGAGGGGAGGACGAGGAUGAAAAUGUCGUCGAAGGAGCGGCGGAGAGACGAACGUUUCCGCACACAGCCUAUCACAGCCAUGGAGAAGUCUUCUGGGACAUCGGCAUCAGAAAUAUCGGAGACAGUCACCACCCUUAAGGACCUGCUGGGCCAGCGCGCUCCCUUCAGUUUCUUCCAGAGGAAGGAGAAGGAGGCUGCUGCCACGGCUGCCAGAGAGACGUCAGCACACAGACCCAAACGGGAAGGACCAGAGAAACCACAAGGAUUCCGCUUCAAGACACAACCUGUCACUACUGCAGAGGUAGAAGAGGCAGCCCAGCAGGGCAAACCUGCGCCUAAGAAACUGGACGACCUGAUCGAGGAAAGCAAACCCUCCCUUCUGAACGAGAAGGGGGAGCCCCUGGUGUCCGAGGGGGAGACUGCCCGCAUGAGCGUCACCGCACGGGCAGAAAUCUUCAAGAAAAUCCAAGAAGAAGAGAAAGCCAAGUCUUCCAAGCUUCCCGUUACGUCAGCGGCUCAGCGGAGAAUACGAAGGGCGCAGAGGUAUGAACGGUCCAAAACACAGCCCAUCACACCAGAAGAGCUACAUUCUGCGUCACAGAUAGCCUCCGGGUCCAGAAAACAUGAAGACCCUUCUCCUCCUCCUCAGACCAGUGUGGAGGAUGACCAGGAUGUUUCUCGCUUGACGUUAGCCGAGAAAAUGGCCCUGUUUAAUGAGAAAGCUGAACCUCCCAAGCCUCAGCCUAAGAUAGCAACACCCACCCGUAAACGUCGCACGGCAUCCAGAUUUAAAACUCAACCUGUUACAGUGGAAGAAGUACAGAAAGCCAAGAUGGGAGAGGCUGCUAAAAUGUCCCCACUUGUCAUGAGCUUCCAACCUCCCCCGGAUCCCGACGCCAUGUCCAGUCUACCCAUAGACCAGGCGCGGGAAAUGCACGCCCAGUUCUAUAACAGCGGCGUGUCGCUGGCGCGCUCGUGGUCAGAUCUACGUGAUGCCGGUGCUCCUGCCAAACCCGUCCGUGGGAUCUUACGUCAGGACAAGAAGGAACAUGCUGCAGAACCGAAGUCUAUCCUGGAGAGGAAGGACAGUAGAGGGGAACAGUCUCCUAGAAGUAUACUCAAGAAAGAUGCAUCUGGCUUACCACUCUCUCCAGACACCAGAGUUAAAGGGAUUCUUAAGAAAGAAAGAUCGUUUGAGAGCGCUCACGAGGAGCCAAAAGUACGCGGCCCGUAUAAGUCAGACAUAGACGAACCCAGAGUGCGAGGAAUACUGAAAACCCCUGAGCGGAGGAUAUCAUCUGAAGAGCCGAUGGAAGGGAUUUUGAAGAAGGCUUCUCCGGAGUCUCAGGUUCCUGUGGAAGGAAUCUUGAAGCCUAGAUCGGACUCUGACACGUCUCGUGAGGUGCGAGGGAUUUUGAAACACGAGAGAACUAGUGCUGAUGACGAGGAUGUAAACGGUGAACUGACCGCAGCGCCCGGUUGGGUGGCCGGUGCCGCACCUGGUCACGUGUCCAGACUGCGGCCAGGGGACGUAGUGGACGGGGGUGGACACUCCAAGGCGGCCGGAGGGGAGACCACGUCGCCCAGACGGCGCCGCUUCUCUCAGGAGCGUCACAUGACCAUGCCUGUGACUACGUCUGAGGUCGCUGAGGCAGAACGAGCCACGUCUGAGGCUGAGAAACAGUCCUCUGUCAUUGCUUCCAGGGAGGAUGAAGUCAACAAGAGGCUGGCAGCGCUGAAGAGAUCAGGAGAGGAGGACUGGAAGGCACGACUACAGAAGGAAGACGCCUCCCAAAGUGUGACCCUCAGGGACCGCAUGUCCAUGAUAGAAGUAGCAGAGGAGGGGUGGAGAAAGAGGGUGGAACGAAGGCCCAGCCUGACGCGGCCAGAGAGACCCACCAGCCUGGCUGACCGCCUGUCCAAACUGCAGGACAGCAGUGAGACGUGGAAACAGCGUGUGGGCAGUAAGGACGCUGACCAGUUCACCGUGGCCGGCAAGCUGGGCGCCAAGGGCAUGUCACCACUGGCCUCUCCUGCACGGUCACCCAUGGUGGAGCGCAAAGUCAAGUCUGUGCCCAAACCUCUACAACAUGCAGAUCCCGGGAGUCUGUUCAAGGUGCCGGCCGCCCCUCCACCAGCUGUAGCACGAGCACCAACACAAGACCCAGGCCUCCAGCCACACAGAAUACCAGCUAUGCAAGCCCCCAAACCCCCCGAGCCUGAGCAGGUGACCAGGACGGCAGUAGGCAGACCUGAUGAUGAGGAAACAUUCGAGUCCUUCUACAAAACCAAAGCACCUGUAGAUGUGGGGCAGGUGGACGUCAGUCUGGAGGACUUUGACCAAAUCAGCAUCGAUGCUCUGGUCAACACACCAAGUCUAUCUCAGACCCAUGCCCAGCACAAGCGAGCGCUGCGCCCGCGCAGGAAGGUAGCUCCUGUGGGCAGUAACCCUCUCAGGAAACUCCAGGAGAGAACAGACAUCAAACAGGAGUAUGAGGAGAGACGGCUGGGCGUGGCUGACAUGGAACUCAAGAGAGCAACGGUUCAGAAAGUGAGUCAGCACGCAGGUUUUGCCAGCUCAGCCCUGGCCGGCCUGGCCAGUACAGAAGACUUCAGUAACGUGUCCCUCCGCAGUACCCAGAGUCAGCAGGCAUCACACGAGCAACUUCUGCCAUACAAGGACGUCAUGCUGCUACAAGUGAAAGGGCGCCGACAUGUCCAGACUAGACUAGUGGAGCCCAAGGCAGUAUCACUGAACAGUGGAGACUGUUUCAUCCUGGUUACACCCAACAUUGUCGUCAACUGGAUCGGAGAGUUUGCAAAUGUCAUUGAAAAGGCAAAGUCUGCAGAAAUAGCCUCGGUUGUCCAAGCCAAGAAAGACCUUGGCUGUAAGGCUAGUACUCUCAUCAACCUGGAGGAACCCAGGAAGGAGCUUCACAAGGCUAAACCAUUCUGGAAGGCUCUGGGAGGCAAGACUGACUACCAAGAUGCUGGUGAUGUGAAUGAAGAUGAGAUCUAUGAGAUGAAGGUGGCGGCCACUAACUGUGUGUACCAGGUCCAGGACAACAAGCUGGUCCCGUAUGAGGACUACUGGGGCAAACUGCCCAGAAUAGACAUGCUGGACUCCAAACAGGUGUUAGUGUUUGACUUUGGCAGUGAGCUGUACGUGUGGCAGGGUCGGCAGUCGGACUUCAACAAGCGGAAAGUCGGCGUGAAGCUUGCUCGCCAGCUGUGGGAGAUGGGCUACGACUUCUCGGAGUGUGACAUCAACCCCAUCUAUCCACAGGGAGGCAUGCCAAGUAAAUCGUCCAAGAGACCUCCGUGGGCGCUGUUUGCCAAGGUAAACGAGCGGAUGGAGACUGUGCUGUUCAGGGAGAAGUUUGUAGACUGGCCAGACUCCACUCGCAUCAUCAAGUGUAAGGGCAACGAUGGGCAAAAUGUCAAGACUGACGUGACCCUAGACCUGAAGCCGUAUGAUGCCAAGUUGCUGGUCCCUGUCCCUGAGGACCAGACCAGGUUUGUGCUGGAGGGUGUGGACGUCGGGCGGGGCACAGGGAGUGUCAGUGUGGAGGAGAGGCGUGGUCAGGAGAUCACUACACUAGGGACCAAAAUGUGGCAUGUUCUUGAGUACGAGAGCAGUGAGAUGCCAAGUCACAGCAUCGGGCAGUUUCACAGUGGUGACACCUAUGUGGUCAGGUGGCACUACCAGAUCACCACUGUUGGUUCCAAGUUACAUGGUGGGGUGUCUAAGCGGAUAGGCGGGGGAGUUGGGCGGGAGAGAUAUGCCUACUUCUUCUGGCAGGGUCAGGACAGCACUGUGAAUGAGAAGGGGGCGUCUGCUCUCAUGACUGUGGAGCUGGAUGAAGAGAGAGGUCCACAGGUCAGGGUGUUACAAGGCAAAGAACCCCCAUGCUUCCUCAGUCUGUUCCAGGGUGGCAUGGUGGUGCACAUUGGGAAGAGAGAGGAAGAGGACACCAACACACAAGCUGCUGGGGCCCCCUGCCCCUCCCAUACAGGUCCGUGGCGGUUCUACUGUAUACGCGGUGAGCUCCCGCAGGAGGCGUGUUUACGAGAGCUUCCCGUGGACGUCCACCGCCUCAGGUCACGCUCUUCCUUCCUCCUGCUCAACAUCAAGAUGACCAGAGUCUACAUCUGGCACGGCUGUAAGGCACACCAGGGUACCCGCGCUGUGGCCAGGAGAGCUGCCAGCAUGCUACAGGACAGAUGUCCCCUGGAAUGUGGUCUGACUCCAAACAGCAGUCUGUCUGUCAUUGAGAUGGAGGAGGGCAAGGAGCGCAGGGAAUUCUGGGUAGCCUUGGGGGAGAAAGACAGGACUGUGUAUGACUGCAUGUUGGAAGAUCCUGUGGACUUUAAGUUCAGUCCGCGGAUGUUCCAGAUGUCCAGUAUCUCUGGACAGUUCCUGGUGACAGAAGUUCUGCACCCGGCCAGAGUAGGACCACGAGAAGUCUGUCCUCAUCCCUUCCUCCAGUCAGACAUGUACACAGCCUCUCAGCCAGCCCAGUUCCUGGUGGAUAACCUCCAUGAGGUGUACCUGUGGCAGGGCUGGUGGCCGGAGGAUGAGGAGUUCACAGGGUCUGCACAGAUCAGGUGGGACAUGGACCGCAAGUGUGCCAUGGAGACAGCCAUGAGUUACUGCAGAGAAAGGAGACCUGACAGCCCACCUAAGGCCUACCUGAUCCACGCUGGGCUGGAGCCUCUCACUUUUACUAACAUCUUCCCUUACUGGGACCAUCAGGAGCACAUAGCUGCCAUCAACAUCAGGGACGGUAAGGUGCGGAACAAGGCAGUUCUGGUGAAAGACGUUCUGAAGAGGCUGACCAAAUCUCACUACACCUUUGAUGAGCUGAUGGAGAGACCUUUACCAGAGGGAGUGGACCCCAUGAGGCUGGAGAAGUAUUUAGAAGAAGCUGAGUUUGAGAGAGUCCUGGGCAUGAGCAGAGAGGAAUUCUACCUGCUGCCACUCUGGAAACAGACCAACCUGAAGAAGGAAAGAGGACUGUUCUAACAACAGACUAGAAAAAACUAGACAUCAAGCAAUAACACCAAUAAUGCAUAUGUUAUAUAAUACAAUGUAUUUUAUCAUGCAGUCUCUAAUUUGAUGCAACAAACAUUGCCUUACUACAUUUUAAUCUGCUGCAUACAAGCUUUAGGCAUUUAUAAUGUUAUAAUAGCAACCGUUCUAGUUUUUAUGCUUGGCCAUAUACAUGUACAGAAAUGUUUAUGUUGCAGUAUAUAUGCACCUUGGUUGAUAAUAACCUAUAUAUAAUGUAUGUGAGAAGGAAUGUCUACUACAAAGCUCACAGCAGUUACUGGAUAACCUGUUGCAUACAGAGAUAUCUGUAUGGGCUAAAACUGACUCUCCUCUCUUUCCCUGGAAAACAUGCAUGCACUACAAUUUAUGGUUUUAUUUUUUGUGAAACCACUUCUAAGUGCAUUGUAGAUGUUUCCUUGGUAUUUCUGGCUGAAUUGCUAUAAUAAUUAUUACAAAAUGAAUCUGUAGAGUACAUUGUAUGAGAAUGUUUUUAAAUUACCUUCACAGCUUAAUAUCCUUAUGGUAAUUUUAAAGCAAUUAUUAUUUAACAUAGCACGUAACAUGACAUGGGUAUAGUGCCACCCUUGCAAUAAAAUCAUAUCAAUUUGGUAAAAACCCAGACAUUUUUUGUCUGAGCUGAAGUCUGGCAAACAUUUAUUGUUUUGACAGAUAAUAUUAAUUUAUAUACACCUUUAGAUGCCUUGUACAUUCACAGCAACAAUCUUACUGACAAGAAGAAAUGCAGACGUAGGUUAAUGGUAAGACUGGCUCGGUUCACUGCAGGAAAUGCAAAGAUCAUGUACUUAAUGGUCAUAUUGUAUUUUAAUGCUUUGUUUUGUUAGUGUAAAUAUAAAAGAACCACUGGCAAAUCUUGCAGUUCUAUGUUUAUCUGGUGUGUAAGAAUUAUUCAAAAUGGAUGAAUCCCAAGUUUACAAGAAGUAUACCAAGCACUAUAAGCAGGGAUAACUUUUAAUGGAAUAAACUUGGUCUUAAGUUUCUGAA